UUCAAGACUCAACCGUUGCCCCAUGAAUGCACCAUCAGACCAAAGUAGCCGCUCUCCGAGUUGUGUUGCCAAUGACAGCCGCCUGCUAGCAGCAAAUGUCAUGGCGUUGCUCAAACAAAGUUGCUGCGUAGCGGGUCGUUUCUCCACAAACCAUCUGUGGCUGAGUCCGAGGAGCUUCCCACAUGUUUAUAGCAGCAGCUUCGCAUCUGUAGCCAAGUCCUCCCCGGACCGGAGUGACCGGAAGAAGGAGCUUCUCAGCCACGAUGGACCCGACCUGCAGGACUUCAUUUCAGGGGAGCUGUCGGAGAAAAGCAAUUGGGCGGAAUAUAAAGGAAACCUGAAGAGGCAGAAGGGAGAGAGACUCCGUCUUCCUCCGUGGCUGAAGACCGAGAUCCCCAUCGGAAAGAACUUCAACAAGCUGAAGAACACACUGAGAGACCUCAACCUGCACACGGUGUGCGAAGAGGCCAGGUGUCCAAACAUCGGGGAGUGUUGGGGAGGAGGAGAGUACGCCACAGCCACAGCCACCAUCAUGCUGAUGGGAGACACGUGCACCCGUGGGUGCAGGUUCUGCUCCGUGAAGACGGCCCGUCGGCCGCCUCCUCUGGACCCGGACGAGCCGUACAACACGGCCAAGGCCAUCGCCGCCUGGGGGCUGGACUACGUGGUUCUCACCUCAGUCGACAGAGACGAUAUUGCCGAUGGAGGAGCAGCACACUUCGCUAAGACCGUUUCUAACCUGAAGGAAAGAAACUCUCAGAUCCUGGUUGAAUGUCUGACCCCUGAUUUCCGCGGCGACCUGGCGGCGGUAGAGAAGAUCGCCCUGUCAGGCUUAGACGUUUACGCCCACAACGUGGAGACGGUGCGUGAGCUGCAAAGACACGUCCGUGACCCCAGAGCAAACAUCGACCAGUCCCUGAGCGUCCUGAGACACGCUAAAAAGGUCAACCCCACCGUCCUCACCAAGACGUCCAUCAUGCUGGGACUGGGGGAGACCGACCAACAGAUAGUGGACACUCUGACCGAGCUGCGGGAGGCGGGAGUCGACUGUCUGACGCUCGGACAAUACAUGCAGCCCACAAAACGCCACCUGAAGGUGGAGGAAUACGUCACUCCGGAGAGGUUCGCCCACUGGGAGAAAGUGGGGAACGAGAUGGGUUUUGUGUACACAGCCAGUGGGCCACUGGUGCGAUCCUCAUACAAAGCAGGGGAGUUCUUUCUAAAGAAUCUACUGAAACAGAGAAAAGAGGAAGCGCCUGUGGAAGGAUGAGACGCUUCCUGACCUGCAACGAGACACUGUGACAAAACACACGUUAUCUAACCUCAUCGCUCUGUGUUGAUUCGAGACGCAGCACAGGAAACACUUUCCACACAAUGUCAAGUUUAAAAAGGAAGGCAGUGUUAUUGGAGAAAUGACAUUAAUACACGUGUCCUCUAUUUAUCAAAGAGAGGACGGAGCAGUUAGAGGCCUCCGGGUAUGUAAACCACAUAAUCCCGUCCUGAGCAGGGACAGGUUUUCACCCCUGAGGUGUCUCCUCACUUCAGGUAAAAGCUACUGAUCUUUAACAGCUCCGUUAAUGAGCGCUUUGACCUCUGCUGUGUCAGGACCAGGGACGGUCUGAAGAUAAUAAAGAUAAUAAAACAAAAUAAUAAUUUAAAUGUUUUAUGUUAAAAAGCCCAAAAUGUAUUUUCAGCAUUUGCGCUGCAGAAACAGCGUUUACCAGAAAGAAGCAAAAUAUUCUUAUAUUCAAUCAAAUCAUCUUAAGAAAAAAGAAAAAAAAAUCUACCAAUGGGUUCAGCUUGACAAAAAUUCUUAAAAUACGCACAAAGUUCUAGUCUCUGAACAAAAUUUAAGAUGUGUUUCUUUGAUACGAGGAUUUUUUGCUUCCUUUAAAUUCCUUUUUUUUUUUGCAGUGUGCACACAGGUUGUUUUAGCCUUUUACCAGAACAUGCUUUGUAUAAUGAAUGUAAUUUAAUUUAAGGGUAUUCACAUCCAAAAUGAAAUAAUGGGUUUAGGAAUUAUCAUCACAAAACAACGAAUUUGUUUUGACAAACAGCUCAAUGUGCUUCAGUCCAGACACACAUGAGCUUUACUGUACGUAGGCUCCUUUAUUUUAGACGCCUCUGUGUAACUUGUAAAUGUUUCCUUUGCGCACAGUUCAACAAAACACCUAAAAAUGUAUAUUUGUAUUUAAAGAAUUAAAAGUCUUCAGUUCA